AAUGGCACCGAGCAUGCGCAAAUCUGACAUUUCUCUUCUCUACAAAUCUGUACUCAUAACAACCGUGAAACUAAGGAAGCGAAAAUUCAGAAUCUUGAAUUGACUGGUGAUGAAAGAUGAUUAGCUCCAAUUUUUGACAGCAUCAAUAUGAAUCGAGGGGAGGGCUUGAGGAUAGCUGCCAAAGCUAAGUCUGGAAACUCGAUUGGUCAUAUGUUCAAAGAUACAAAGACUAAACCAAAGAAGUUUGGGUACAAAUCCAAGACUCAGUCCUAUCCUGUCAGGAAGAACGUCCAUGGCAUCUCUGAUGAAGGAAAUCAGCAACUCAGCAAAACAAUUGGUAGAAAACCAGCUGAACAACAAAAAUCAACAAACAAACAAAAUGGUAGUUUGAAAAGAGAAGUUUUGAAUCAGAGAAAUGCUAGUCAUACUACCAAAGCCCAGGAUCAGAAGGAGAAAACAAAAAAUAAUUUCGUUGAUAAAAACAAGAAAGCUCUGAGUAAGAAAGAAAAGAUUUUGAAACAAGCAGACACAGUGACUCUUACUCAGGAUCAACUUAAUGCAAUUCUCAAGACUAUUGGAACAGCCGGUGAGUCAGCUGGAGCUCCAAGAUUCUCAAUUGAUGCUGGUGAACUGAAGGUGAAUUUGAGUAGCAUCAAUGAGCAAACUGCAGAAACUGAAAAUGAGAAGGAAAACGUUGCUUCAACAGACGUUGAAGAGCCAGUAAUCUCUCUCAAUCAAGACAGUAAUAAUAAUAAUAAUGAUCAGGCAACUCAGGAGGAUGCCUCUCAUGAGGAGAGGACAAAGGAGUCUCCAAGAACAACUGACCCUGUCCAAAAGCAGUCUCCUAGGAUGGGACAGUCAGAUAUUAUCAACACCAUAGGCAUGACUGAACAGAAUGACAAGUCUUUGAUGGAGAAGAAAAAGCAGCAAUGGAAGAGGGAGCUUGAUGCACAGCUUGCUGCAAAAAAAGCUGCUCAGGAGAAAGAUGGAAGGGGCCGGAGGGGUCGCAGCCAGAAUGAAGAGAACUCUGGAUGGAAUCCUUGGGGGCAGCCUGGGGGUGGGGCCCCACUCCGGAGUAGUGUGGAUGUUUUGUCUCCUAGAGAUAAUCCCGCAAUGAGUCAUGGUCACCCAAGUCCAGGUCGAAGUAGCAGAGGUCAAGAGUCAAACGAUAUGUUGAGUCAGUCAAUUUCUGGUGUUACUCACAUAGAGAGACAGAGGAAUGUACCAGCAGCAAUGAGAAGCUCUUUUGUCAUUGGGGGAAUAGCUAAUGAACGAAAUGACGAAUUGAAAAGGAAGGAAAAACAACAAUGGCUUCAAGAUUUAGAGAAACAGAAAAGAGAAACUAGAGAGAAGAAAGAGCAGGAAAAGGCCAGCAAGCGUGCCUUAGAAUCGGCUGUAGCACAGCAUUGGGCAGAGCCUAUUGAGCAUCCACCAUCCAGGAUGAUAUCUAGAAUGGAUAACAAGGUUAACCAGGUACAAGAUGACUCUCGAGUGAUGAGUAGGAUGGCAGCUGAGAAGAAAGAACGGGCUAAGGAAACUGAUCAACCAAAAAGUGCUCCCUUGAACUCUUCCCGUUCUCCUCACACCAUCGAUGAGGUUUCUCCCAGACCACAUAUAAGACCUUCCAAUACUUUGAUUGAUCCAGCUGAAAUGGAGAGAAGAGAGGCCCAGAAAAAGAAGCAUAUGGAACACAUGGCUUUUGUUCAGGCCCAGGUGGAGGAGAAACGGAGAAAGAAGCAAGAGGCUUUGGCUCUAAGACGCCAGGAAGAGGCCGAACAGGAGAGGAAGUUGGCUGAGGAGAGAGAUCGUCUUGCAAGAGACUUUGAGCAUGAGCAGGAGAAGGUGAGGAAGAAAGAAGAGGCUGCUGCUGCUAAGCAAAGAGUCCUUGAAGAGAGUAUGCAGAAUGCACAUGAAGCAGCCAUGAGGGAAAAACAUGCAGAAAGGAUGAGGAAGCUUCAAAGGCAGGGACACGAUGUCACCAACCUUAGGAAAAGCUGGGAAGAAAAACGGCAAAGUCCUGAGGUAUCCCCUAGACUUCCUGUCCAGGUUACUGUAUCUCAUCCUCAGCCUGAUUUAAAACCAGCUACCUCAAUCAAUUUCUCACCAAGACGAGAGAAAGGUCCCUCUGCAGACCUUCAAGGGAUUCCUCAAACUGCAGCCUCUCACAUCCAAGAUGCUGCAACUUCCCCCAUCAAUGAAGUAUCAACACAAACUGAUGUUCUGGAUGAAAACUACAUAUCUCCCAGACUGAUUGAAGCCAUACGACGGGCAAGUGAAGGAGCAGAGUACAAACCUAAGAGCAAGAAACGUUCUGAUCAGGAAAAGAGCAAGCAUCCUGCGGAAGGAGGUAGAAGGAAGGACAAAGGAGUGAAGGUGGUUUCUAUCAAAGAGGAAGUGUCAGAACAGAAAGCUAGCAAGGGUAGAAAAAACACUGAUGCUGCCAAACCAAAAUGGGGACAAAAUGCACAAAGCAAGAAGGGGAUUAAGAAUUCUGAUAAGGAUAUGUCAAUGAGCAAACGUAAAAGGGAAGAGAGACUGAGGAAGAGACAGGAGGAGUUGAUUAGUUUACAGGAGAAGAGUGCUCCCAGGAGGUCUCAGACCAAGCAAACUCAUGUAGAGAAUGAGGGUCAAGGAAGAAAAUCAAGAGCUGAUACAAAGCUGUCACAUCACUCGGAUGAAAAAGAAAGUAAAGCUACCAAAGUGCAGCGUGAGAGAGCAGGUUCAAGACGAGAGGAGGCCAUGUUAGCACAAGAAAGAGUGAUGUCACAGCAACAGAGCAGAAAGGAGUUCAGACCGUCUUCCAGUGACGACAGCUACAGUACGCAAACACCAACACUUGGGAACAAUGACUUUGUACCAUUCAUGAGAACUGAGGAUGAUGAGUUACUUGAAGGUAACAUAUCUAUUAGCCCUGCUCCUGCUCCACCAAGACCGGCCCCAAAGACAAAUGAUGCAUCACCGAGCAGAACAUCCAGGCAUUCUAGGCAAUCACAUAGAGAAAUGGAUCCAUUGUUGAAUCCAGACAGACUGAAAGAUAAAGAACAUAGACAAGAAGAAAUUCUUAUGCAGCUCUCAACGUUAAGACAGGGUCUUCUGAUGAAGCAGAGAGAGCUGGAGAUAGGUUUAUCACCUUCAUCACCUGUGAUUAUAUAGAGUGACUGAUCGCAAAUUAUAUCCUUCGUGUUCUUCAUCUUAUUAUACUGAAAAGUAUUCAAUUGAUUAUUGCUAUGAAAUACAUACAGUAUAAUUCACAAAAUUCCAUUAACAUUAUGUCGACAGUGAUUGAUUGUGAAAAAUAAAUGCAAGCUUAUAUUUACUACAGUUGAUAGUAUAAUUUUUCAUACACAUUUCUCCCAAAAAUAGUUUUCUUGCCAUCGAGAACAUCUUGCAUGAAAAAUUAUUAAAAUGUUCUAUUUCAUUCAUAGGUUGGACUGGUGUGGUAACAAUAGCUGUGUAUGGGUUGCUUCAUAUUCAGAUAUCAAAACAAUUACUAUUACAAUCCUAGAGGAAACCUGAUACCCAUUCUUUAAAGGUUAAGUCCACCCCAGAAAAAUGUUGAUUUGAAAAAUUAGAGAAAAAUCAAACUAGCAUAAAGCUGAAAAU